UACUGCUCUGAAUCGGUUCAUUCACAGUGGACGGGCAGACACCGAAGAAUAUGUUAAUCAGUUUGCACAGAAAUUUCACACAUUCACACACAUUCGCAUAAAUGAGUAACUGAUAAGCCUAUCUGGCUUCAAGCGAUUGCAUUGUCGGUGUUUUUCUUUGUAAACGGUUGCACUCUCACUCGAGCGCAAGAUGACAAACCUCCGUGACGUAACAGACCGGGCAGAUCUGUUGUUUGAUAAAUGUCAUUUCGAGGAAGCUUGCAACCUUCUCAGGCAGCAUCUGGAAAAUAAUGAAUACGAGAUUUUGUGGCGUCUGGCGCGAGCCCUCUAUUCCCUAUACAAAGAGCUGCAUUUUCAGCAGCUCAAAAUGGCUGCCGAUGCGGCAAUAACGGAGGGGUUUCAAAUUGCUUCAAAACUAUUGGAAGCAAAUCCCGACUCCUCAGCCGCACAUAAAUACUACGCUAUAUUUUUCGGAGAAAAAGCCGGCAUUGCAGGAACGAAGCAGCAAAUCAUGGCACUCGGCAAAGUACUAGUUCAUAUUCAAACCGCUAAGCGGUUGAUGGUCGACGAAGAUCCUUUCGUGUGGCAUUUGGAGGGUGCUUUCUACGAGAAGUUGGCAAGCCUGCAGUGGUACGAAAAGCUGUUUGUGUAUGGCCUUAACAAGGAUCUGGUUAGGCCGACGUACGAAGACGCGCUUCAAUGUCUGCUGAAGGCAGAGAACAUUAAAGCUCAGUUUCUGUCCCUUAACCAAUUUCUCAUCGGGAAGGUGUAUUUCCUGCAAAAGGAGUUCCAAAAGGCAAGGCCCUAUCUCACGAGAGUAGCACAGCUCGAGGCUAUUCGUACCGCGGAUGACCGGUUUUCCAAAGAAUCAGCGAAAAAAUUACUGGAAAGUGAUUGAGUGAUCCACAAAAUAAAGGAACUGUUGUUGAAUAGAAAAUAUGGUUGCUAUGGUUGCCAUUGUUUCUAACUGUUUCGAUAAGGUUUGUGAUUCGAAAUAAAAUUGUUUACCUUAUCUGGUCUCACACAGUGCCGAUGAAAUAAUAUUAUCACAGUAGGUAAAGACGGACACUGCGGGUAUGAUGGACACUUUUAAUAUUUCACAAACUAGAAUGUAUCAUGAUAGUUGAGUGAUGCGAAUACCUUCUUUAUAGUGUGUUAAUGCUUUUGAGUUGCAUUAUCGGUUUUCAGCAAGCAAACUGCCAAAUUUGUAAGUAAAACAAAGAAUAUUUUCGUGAACGCGCAAUUUGAUGUAAUUUUUAUUCCACGGAAAAUAGUGAAAAACUCGUGAAACUUAAGUGUUUUCAUUUCUUCGCAAUAGUAAAGUGAUUAAUUAGUCUUUCCUCGGUUUUCUAGUGAACAUCCAGCAGAAUUUCGAUGUUCCGAUGAAGAGCUACGAUCGUUUGAAAAAUUUACAACCAGGUCGGGCAAGACGGACACACUAAGGAGGGAAAGAUGGACACACGGAUUU